AUGUGUGUAAGUUAUAAAAUACCUGCAUUGUACACAAACCAACUUGUUGUGAACGGUAAAAAUAUUUUUCCAAGUCGAAAGACGGUAGGUAAAGCAUAUAAUACAGUGCAGUGGCUAUUAAACAUGUUUGCAACUAAGAAAACGCUGGCGCAAAGCAUGAAGAACUGUCUUACAGCGAAAAUGAUAGCAUUGUUGGACUAUGCGGCCGAAAAAUGA